CUGCAUCAAAUAUAAAAAUAUCAUUGUUUAUUUAUAAUAUCUGGUUUUUCUUGUUUUGUGGAUCCGUUAAUCAGGAGAGGUUUUUCCUUAACUUUAUUUAUUGUAGGUGCAUAAUUGCUCUGUUUGUUAAAAGAAUCGUAAGUUCUGGUAAAACAUUAUACAAAAGAUAUAUAAGAUAACAAAUUCUUACAAAUAAGAUCAGAUUCCCGUUUUUUUUUAAAACAAAUUUUGUUCAUCAAAUACUUUUUUUUUCUUUACAAAAAAGUAAAAUUUAACAGAUAAAUAGCAAAAAAAUGUCAAGUACUAGUCAGGCGCGUGUGAUUGAACCACAUAGCAAUGCCGUUCUUCAUGUUGGAGAAAAACAUAUUAUUCAAUGGGAUACAUCGUCCAAUCCAACUAUAACUGAUAUCAUAUCAGCCAAUCUCUAUAAAGGUUUCGGUUCCGAUAUUAAACUUAUAAAAACAAUUCCAAUCAAUCGUGAAGCUUCAGCAGGAUGUUCUGAGCCUUUUAUUGUGCCAGAUACUGCAAGAGGUUAUGAUUAUUUUUUUAACUUGAUUGGAGGAAAUGGUGAAGUUGUUUCUAGUUAUUAUUUUAAUAUUACUGUAAAUUAAAUUAAUAUAUAAAAAUCUUAGCAAUAUAUCACGUGAAUUUUUUAAUGCAAUAAUUUAUAAAUAUCGGAAUUUCUAUAAUUAUUAAAUUUUUUGAUGCGGC